AUGUUCAGGAAGCUUUACAGACAAACCCACAACAUUUUGAGAAGACUCAAGAACAUGGCCAACAACACCUCCAACGAUAAGGACGCUGAGAUUUCGAAGUUCUUCGUCAACGAGGACCGAUCUCAAGGCGUAGAUGCUUUCGAGGCUGCGGACCUCGACAUCCCCAACACGGCUCGCCCAGACAACAUCUCCCCGCUGGCUUACACUUUUGCCGAGCAGGAGGAAGGAAAGGGGAGCUCUUUGCACCUGAGCCCAAGAGCGAGAUGA